AUGGUGACCAUGAGGAAGAUGAAGCUGCUCACCUUCCUCAUUCUUCUCAUCUUCCUCACCUUCUUCUUCCUGAGCUAUACCCACACCGUAAUAACCACCACCUGGUUCCCCAAGCAGAUGGUCAUCGGGUUCUCAGAGAACUUACGGAAGCUCAUGAAGCUCCCUCAGAGGCCUUGUACAUGCAGCCACUGUGUUGGGGAGCUCAAGCUCUCCAGGUGGUUUGAUGAGAGGUUCAACCACACCAUGCAACCGCUGCUGACACUACACAACUCCAUCCUGGAGGAGGAGACUUACAGCUGGUGGCUGAAACUCCAGCGGGAGAAGAACCCCAGGAACCUGAACGACACCGUCAAGGAGCUGUUCAGCGUGGUGCCUGGGGACGUGGACCCCGUGCUGGAGAAUGAGGCGGUGGGCUGCCGGCGCUGCGCCGUCGUGGGCAAUUCGGGCAACCUGAAGGCAUCGCAGUAUGGUUCCCAGAUAGAUGAGCAUGAUUUUGUGCUCAGGAUGAACAAAGCCCCCACAUUGGGGUUUGAGGCUGAUGUCGGAAGCAAGACCACCCACCAUCUCGUGUAUCCUGAGAGCUUCAGGGAGCUGGGGGAAAAUGUCAGCAUGGUCCUUGUCCCCUUCAAGACCACCGACCUGCAGUGGGUGAUCAGUGCCACCACCAAGGGUACCAUCUCCUACACCUAUGCCCCUGUCCCCGCAAAGAUCAAGGUGAAAAAGGAGAAGAUCCUCAUCUACCACCCGGCCUUCAUCAAGUACGUCUUUGACCACUGGCUGCAAGGUCAUGGACGGUACCCAUCCACCGGCAUCCUCUCUGUCAUCUUCUCCCUGCACAUCUGUGAUGAGGUGAACUUGUAUGGCUUCGGGGCAGACAGCAAAGGGAACUGGCACCACUACUGGGAAAACAACCUGUCGGCAGGCGCUUUCCGCAAGACAGGGGUGCAUGACGGGGACUUCGAGUCCAAUGUCACUGCCACCUUGGCCUCCAUCCACAAGAUUCACAUCUUCAAGGGGAGAUGA